AUGGCGUUGGAGGAUUUCUACAUGAAGCAUCCGAGCUCUGCCACACGGGUGCAGCUCCAUGUUAGGGAUUCCCAUGGCGAUGACGACGAUCCUACCGUGGCGGCAGCACACGCCGCUGAGGACCUGAUCAAGAAUGUGCAAGUUGAAGCCAUUAUCGUGGCACCUCAGACAUUAACCGAAGCAGAUUUUCUGGCACACCUAGGCAACCAUAAGCACAUUCCAAUCCUGUCCUUGUCGGGCAUUUCUCCAGCAUCAUCAGGCGAGCAACCACACAAAAUAAUGCCUUACUUCGUGCAAGCUGCAGCAAAUGACUUGCUCCAAGCUAAGCCAAUCGCCAGCAUCGCCAUGUCUUUCUCAUGGCGCCAGGUCAUCCUGGUGUGCGAGGACUCGCCGCAUGGCGCUGCCAUUUUCCCAAAACUCGCCCAUGAACUGGACGGCAUGGAGACACAGAUCUCUGAUGUUGUGUUUGUGCCAGUCGAUGCCACUGAAGAUCGUGUUCACGAAGUGAUGCGUCGCCUGAAGCGUAUGGAGACGCGGGUGUUCAUCGUGCACAUGAGGUCAAGCAUGGCUGCUCGCUUCUUCGCCAUGGCCAAUGAUCUUGGCAUGAUGUCUCAGGGCUAUGCCUGGAUUGUCACCUCUACUAUUGGGAAUGCGGUGGACAGCCUCAGAUCUGAUCAUGCCAUCAAUUCCAUGGAAGGGGUUCUCACUCUCCGACCAUCCGUGAAUGAAACAGACCAUGUCAAGAGAUUUUUUGCAAGGUUCCAGCGAAAGAUGAUCAGCUCAUAUUCUGACCAUUCCCAUUUGCACGAUGAACCGAGCAUGCAGUUGUUGUGGGCAUACGACACGGCAUGGGCCAUUGCUACUGCAGCCGAGACAGCUAGACUAGCAAGCUUUGCUACUGGCCUGGCACAAGAUGAGCUACCAAUCACCGGCAAGACGCUUCUUGAUUCAGUUCUCAAGACAACAUUUGAUGGUUUGGCAGGAAAGUUUAGCCUGGAUUACAACAAUGGGUAUCAGCAACAACAGUUGCGAUAUGAUAUUCUGAAUGUGAUCGGCAGGGGUACAAGAACAGUCGGCACCUGGAUGCAAGAUGAGCAUCCAAUCAGCUACUAUGAUCGCCGUGCAGAUGCAAAGUGGCUUAAGAUAAUCAUCUGGCCCGGUGAUACAACCAAUGUUCCAAAAGGGUGGGAGGUUUCACCAAGUGGAAAGAGUCUUGUUAUCGCUGUUCCAAGGAAAAAUGGGUUCAGACAGUUCGUGAACGUCGCUGGCAAUACAACAGCUAGUAGUGCUAACAUCACAGGAUACUGUAUUGAUUUGUUUCACAGGGUCAUGCAGGAAUUGAAGUAUGAAGGGGGCUACGAGUAUGUGACAGACAAUCGUUCUGAAGAUUACAACCAUCUCGUCGAGAGGGUGCAUAGAAAGGAAGUUGAUGUGCUUGUUGGUGACAUAACAAUCACAGCGAAAAGGAUGGAGAACGUUACGUUCACCGUGCCAUUCACUGAGUUAGGAUGGACAAUGAUGGUGAUGGCUAAGAAGGACACACGCAAGAGCAUGUGGAUCUUUCCGAAGCCAUUCACCGGGACCCUCUGGCUUGUAACCAUUGCUUUGUUCCUCUUCAUCGGCUUUGUUGUGUGGGUAUUGGAGCACCGAAUCAACCCUAGAUUUCGUGGCACGCCAUCGGAGCAGCUUGGCACUACCUUCUACUUCAUCUUCUCAACCAUGGUUUUCUCCCAUACGAGCCUGACAUCAAUGUCGACGGUGCAGCAACUACGACCUGCAGUGACUGAUGUCGAAGAACUCAUAAGGGGUGGGGACCCUGUGGGGUAUCACGAGAGCUCCUUCGUCAAGGACUCGCUAAUUAAGAUGGGUUUCAAACAGUCAAACUUGCGUCAUCUUGGCACGGUGGAACAAUAUAACCAAGCCCUGUCAGAUGGAAGUGUCAAAGCCAUCUUCGACGAAAUCCCAUAUCUGAAGCUCUUCCGGUCACAUUUCCCCAACAAAUACACCAUGGCUGGCCCAGUAUACAAGAGCGGUGGAUUUGCAUUUGUUUUUCCACAAGGUUCCCUGCUAGGGAGGCGUGUCUCGGAGGCCCUGAUGGCGAUGAUGGAGUCACCCAGUACCCCAAGAAACACAUUAAUUCCAUUUCCUGUUAACACAACCGACGAUGUUGGUUCACCUAGACUCGACACCAGUGAUUUCUCUGGGCUUAUCAUCAUCGUCAUGACAGUGUCAAGUCUGAUGCUACUUACCUGGUUUGCAACAUUUUUCUAUAAGGAGUUCAGUAAGCGGAAGGUUGUUGAGAAGGAGGACGUCAAGGUCAAGUACAUAUGGGGCUGCACGCUGUACCACUUGGACAACCUGCCUUUUCGGCUCAAUGACAUGCCGUCCAACUACAGCGGGUUCAAGGAAGCAAUGAAGAGUUUCAAUGUCAGUAUGUUUCUCCUUGAUGUGCCAAAGGAGGUCAAGUGCAUUCCUACGAAGAAUGCGCUUGUCUGGUGA